AGGUGCAGCGGCGCUACAGCACAGCGAGGCAGCGGGACGUAACAAGGCAGCCAUGCUUCUGCGGAGCGUCGGACCGUGGCUGCUGCUCCGCAGGAGCAGCGCCCUGGCCGGUAACAGAGCUUACCACGCCGACCCCGUAGCCAGGCUGGGUUCUCAGCCCGACACGCAGGCGCCGGAAUACCAGGAAAAUUACGAGCGAAUGCAGGCUCUCGUUGAAGAACUGAAAACCCGCACAGAGAAAAUUAAAUUGGGUGGUGGUGAAAAGGCAAGAAAUCUUCAUACUUCUCGGGGGAAACUCUUGCCAAGAGAGCGCAUUGACAGACUUUUGGACCCGGGGACACCUUUCCUGGAAUUUUCUCAGUUUGCAGCAUAUCAGCUGUAUGGGAAAGAGGAAGUUCCUGCUGGGGGUAUAAUUACUGGAAUCGGACGGGUUUCAGGGCUGGAGUGUGUUAUUGUUGCAAACGAUGCCACCGUCAAAGGGGGGACGUACUAUCCUGUCACGGUGAAGAAGCACCUCCGUGCUCAGGAAAUAGCCCAGCAGAAUCACCUGCCCUGCAUAUACCUGGUGGAUUCGGGAGGGGCCAACCUACCCAGGCAGGCGGAUGUGUUUCCAGACCGAGAUCACUUUGGACGAAUUUUCUUCAACCAGGCAAGGUUGUCUUCGGAGGGAAUAGCACAGAUUGCCGUCGUGAUGGGAUCGUGUACUGCGGGUGGAGCAUAUGUUCCAGCCAUGGCAGAUGAGAGCAUCAUUGUGCGGAAGCAAGGAACCAUUUUUCUCGGCGGCCCUCCUUUGGUCAAAGCGGCGACCGGGGAAGAGGUGUCUGCUGAGGACCUUGGUGGUGCAGAUCUUCACUGCAAAAAGUCUGGUGUCACCGACCAUUAUGCUUUAGACGAUAGCCAUGCCCUUCAUUUGGCAAGGAAGGCGGUCCGGAGCCUGAACUACAAGAAGAACCUUGAGGUGACCACAGAGCCCACUGAGCCCCCCCUGUUCCCAGCUGAUGAACUGUACGGCAUAGUCGGAGAAAAUCUGAAACGCAACUUUGACGUCAGAGAGGUCAUUGCCCGCAUCGUCGACGGCAGUAAGUUUGACGAGUUUAAGGCUUUUUAUGGGGACACGCUCAUCACAGGAUUUUCCAGAAUAUUUGGUUACCCGGUUGGGAUCAUCGGCAACAAUGGAGUCUUGUUUUCAGAGUCGGCCAAAAAGGGGACGCACUUCAUCGAACUGUGCUGUCAGAGAAACAUUCCCCUCAUUUUCCUGCAGAACAUAACAGGUUUCAUGGUUGGCAGGGAAUAUGAGGCUGGAGGAAUCGCCAAGGAUGGAGCCAAGAUGGUGACUGCCGUCGCCUGCGCAAACGUACCCAAGAUCACUGUCAUCAUUGGCGGUUCAUACGGUGCUGGGAACUAUGGCAUGUGUGGUAGAGCCUACAGCCCAAGAUUCCUGUACAUGUGGCCGAACUCCAGAAUCUCUGUAAUGGGUGGAGAGCAGGCUGCCACCGUCCUGGCCACCAUCACCAAAGACCAGAGAGCCCGAGAAGGAAAGGAGUUCACAGCAGAGCAAGAGGCGGCCAUGAAGGAGCCCAUAGUGCGGCGGUUUGAGGAGGAAGGCAGCCCAUAUUACUCCAGUGCCAGACUCUGGGACGACGGCAUCAUCGACCCCGCUGACACCCGUCUCGUUGUGGGCCUGAGCCUCAGUGCAGCGCUAAAUGCACCAACAAAGAAGACACGUUUUGGAGUAUUCAGGAUGUGAUUUGAAGUAGGCCUAUGGUUGAACUUGGUGCUUUGGUUCACCAGACGGACUUGAACGUGUAGUUUUCAGGAGUGCACAGGUCUGGGGAGGCAUCACCAGAUUUAGAAAAGAGACACCGUUUGUAGAUGGCAGUACCACAUCUCUGAUUUAACAUGUUGGGAGGUUAGUGAACAUUAUAACUGUUAACCUUGUGCCUUAACUGUUGCUCUCCCAGUGUGACAUGCAGCUGUACCUGUGAAGCUGUUUUACUGUAUUUUGUCUUUCCCCGACUUCGUCUCAUUAACAUUAAAAUCUUUG